AUGUUGGACCGAGCCGAACGAGAUGAUAACUUUAAGAUCGAUGGCCAGUUUCUUAGUAGCCCUGAUGAUUUCUUACAGGAACAUCAAGGAUACAAUCCCUACAUGGACAAUGAAAGUAAUACGAAUCAACGACGUGAAACCGCCGCUUUAGUACAAAGCCAAAGAGCUCGUAUCUGUUACCAAGCAGAACGGCUUCUCGAAAAAGUGAUAUCUCUAUACGACUUUGGUGUUUCCCUUGAUAUCCUGGUGGCCGAUCCAAAUCUCAGGAUGCUCUUAGUGAAUGCUUCUACGAAUUUCAACGCCCAGAGAUCAGUUGAAUCACAUGGUGCUGAAUCAGCUGCUUUUGAGAAAAUCCGAUGGGUCAUGUUUUAAGAUUGUAGUCUGGGAUGUUCAAG